GUAGCAAUGUUUCUGCUGCAGUUGGGCAGUGCCACUUUCUUGUUAACAGAACCAGUGAUAAGCGCAAUGACAACAGGAGCAGCUACCCAUGUGGUGACAUCGCAAGUGAAGUAUCUGCUGGGAAUGAAGAUGCCAUAUAUAUCGGGACCACUGGGAUUUUUUCAUAUUUAUGCCUACAUAUUUGAGAACAUCAGAUCAGUUCAGUUGGAGGCUUCACUUCUCUCCUUGCUGAGCAUUGUGGUGCUUGUUCUUGUUAAAGAACUGAAUGAGAAAUUUCAGAGAAACAUCAAAGUUGUUCUUCCCAUUGAUCUACUUUUGAUAAUUGCUACAUCCGUUGCUUGCUACUAUGCUGAUAUGGAAUACGUCUACGGGCUAGAAGUUGUGGGACAUAUUCCUGAAGGGUUGCCAUCACCAAAACCACCACCCAUGAAUGUCCUACCUGAAGUAGUCACUGAAGCUUUUGGAGUAGCAUUGGUUGGUUAUGUAGCAUCACUAGCUCUUGCCCAAGGCUCUGCUAAAAAGUUCAAAUACACUGUGGAUGACAACCAGGAAUUUUUGGCUCAUGGGCUCAGCAAUGUGAUUCCCUCGUUUUUCUCCUGCAUCCCGAGCGCGGCGGCGAUGGGACGGACGACACUCCUGUACAGCAUGGGCGCCAGAACUCAGGUGGCUUGCCUUGUCUCUUGUGUAUUAAUUCUUGUGGUGAUCUAUGCCUUUGGACCUAUGCUGUACUGGCUGCCCAUGUGUGUACUAGCAAGCAUUAUUGUUGUGGGCUUGAAGGGAAUGUUAAUGCAGUUCCGUGACUUAAAAAAAUAUUGGAAUGUGGAUAAAAUAGAAUGGAGCAUAUGGGUUAGUACCUACGUGUUUACAAUAUGCUUUGCUGCUAACGUGGGACUGUUGUACGGUGUUGUCUGCACUGUAGUAAUCAUGAUUUUCCGCUUUCCCAGAGCAAAGACACUGAAUUUGAAAAACGUGGAAGAAGUGGAAUAUAAAUACAAAACGGAAGAUAAUUGU